UGUGACAUCUGAUUAUAACGUUGAAGUUACUACACUAGAACAAAUAUUUUGUUACAGCAAUCAUGAUGAACACCAAAAUCCUUAUCAUCAGUACUAUGUUUUUUCGGUUGGAAUUCAUCCUCUGCUCAAAUUCAACACAGGUUAGAAGUUUACACGACAGCUUGUUCAAGAACUACAAUAGAAAACUGUUUCCUUUGUUAGAUCAUAAUGACACUGUAAAAAUUGCUUGUACAGUAGGGAUUGUGAGUAUCAAUAAUUUUAAUGAAUUGUCUGGUGAGAUAGAAAUAACCAUGUUAUUUUACAUGCAAUGGAGUGAUGAAAGACUAAGCUGGACACCGUCUGAAUUUGGCGGGAAAUCGAAUCUUCUUAUUCCACCGAAAGAUGUGUGGCACCCACAGUUGUUUGUACUACAAUCUUUUGACAGAAUUCAAGAAAUUACCAAUGUAUCAAUGCUGAUGCGAUUGCUUUCAAGCGGUAAAAUUAUAUGGAACCCAGGGAAUGUUUUAAAACUAGUUUGCUCGGUUGAUGUCACUUACUUUCCCUUUGACACGCAAGAUUGUUACGUGACGAUUUCAGGAUGGGCUUAUACAAACGAAGAAGUGUUGUUUUAUACAACAGAGAGUAUGAUAAACAAAGAUUUUUUAAGCCAGAAUAGUCAAUGGAUAAUAUCGUCUGCAACUGUGGAAAAUAGAAGUGCUGUCGUCGCCCCAAGCUUUCCACCAUCAUUAAACAUUAGAAUUUCAUUGAAAAGAAGAAGUGAUUUCUUUGUAGUUUACAUAAUUGUUCCGAUGAUGUUUUUAAGUUGUAUGAAUAACCUGGUGUUCAUUAUGCCUGCGAAUUCUGGGGAAAGAACAUCUGUGGCUAUAACCACAUUUUUGUCAUUUAUUGUUUUUAUGCAAAUGAUAAAUUCGACAGUUCCCCAGAGUUCUGACCCAAUGGCUUACAUUUAUUUUUAUGUCCUGUUUCUACUGAUAUAUAGCUCAGUUAUCCUCUUUCUAUGUAUUCUUUCAUUACGUAUUCAUGACAGGGAUGCUCCCGUUCCGUCGGCAAUUGUAAAAUUGGUGUACGUUCUUCGUUGCUGGUGGUUGAAACGAAAGAAAAUUGCUGUUGUUAAGCCUGAACGGAAAAUGUCAUCUGUUUCAGAAGAGAUUGAGAUGAAACAUAACAAGAUCAAUGAAAAUACAGAAAAAGAAAAUGAAACUCCCUCUGUGACAUGGAAAACGGUUGGCAAAACAUUCGAUUUGUAUUGUUUUCUUAUUCUGUAUUUUAUAUUUAUUGUUAUGACAGCCAAUACAUUCAGCAAUUUGUAUUAUAACCGCAAAGUUUAAACUUAAAACUGCUAAAAUGAUUUAUCGUU